CUUUAAAUUCGUUGGCAACGCUUCAUUGGCCGUGAUUGUCGGAAUCAAUUUUUGGUAUUGUCGACAAGACGUGUGGUUUUCUGAGAAAAAUUAAGUAUAAUAUUAUUUGAACAUCUGCUAAAAGCUGAAAAAUAGAUGAAUGGAACUCCCAAUCUCAAGCUACAUAUAAUAGCAAAUAUAUAAUUUUCCGUUUGAAGAAGCAGAGGUUAUAUCGAUAAACACACAAUGAAGUUUCGGGCUAUGAUGCAAGAUCCUGAGUACAUGCGAGAAUUUCUCUACAUUGUACAAACAUUAUCAAAAUUGGCGAAGACAUGCGUAAUGAAAAUCUCUAUGGACAAAGUUUACUUUGUGGCGAACGAGGAAUCUGGCAGUGCGGCACCAUUAGUAUGGGUUGAAAUUAAUCCAAAAUUAUAUUUUUCUGAAUACACCAUGCAGGGUGUCGACAGUGAACAUGAUCCACAUAUUGUACUAAGUGUACCCACUCUAAAUUUAGGCACUGCACUCUCCUUACUUCGCAAUAAUCCAUGCUUUUGCAAAUUAAAAUUGACAAAUCUACAAUUUCCUUGUCUAACCGUCGACAUUGAUGCUACAACUAAGAGUUCGUCUGAUAAAUCGCGUCGGGCUAUGCAUCAUGUACCGGUGGAUGUGAUACCACGUUGUGAUUGGCCGAAUUUCGCUGUACCUGUUGUACCCGAUUGUAAAUUGGUGUUGAAUAUGCCAUCCAACCGUUUGAUACGUGGCUUAAUAGAUAAAAUAAAAAAUCUUUCACCGACUAUAAUUUUUUAUGCCACUUCAAGUGGUGAGAUGAAUUUAGUAGCCGAAACAGAUAUGGCAACAAUAACAACACGUUAUCAAAAUCUUGAAUUACGUGCUAUAAAUAUCAGCGAAGGUGACAAAGAUAAAGAGCAAAUAGAAGCUUCUUGCUCGGUGGACUGCAAAAAGACUGCUUUAUUUUUCUCGGCACUACAAGUACCAUCCAACGAAUUGUCAUGUGGCAUAGUUGAUGAUCAACUCAUACAUUUGGAAGUUAAUAUACGAGAUGGUAUAGCUAUUCAUUCCAAAUUGCCGGCAGUAUGUGUGUGAAUAUCAACUGUUUUUGAUGUUUAUUACCACCGCAGUGUUCCUUAUAACAUUCGAUAGGGUUAUUGAGACCAUAUUGCACAGUUGAUUUAUAGUACAUAAUUAUCAAUAGUUAUGCAUAAUAAUGCACAAAUAUAUUUUUUAAAAUUAUCAUUCAUUAACUGAAUAUUUUAAGGAUGUACGACUAUUAAAGACUACAAAUUAUUUGGAUGAAUAAAUAUAUAUUUAUAUAAUUUAAGCCGUA